AACUAUUAUUGCGAUUUUCUUUCUCUUUUUACCCUUUUCCUUGGAGGUAAUAGUCAAAUGAGAACUUUUAUGUCUUAUUCUGUUUCAAUCUCUCUUCUCCCUUAACGCAGUAUGAAAGGAGCUCAUUAAUCAACCACUGUAAGACCAACGCUAAAACCCUGCAAAAGCAAGCAGAAAAGAAGCACACAAAGUUUUCUACUUGCUGCUGCUUUUGAUUUCAUCAUCGACAGAAGGAAUCCAUCAUGCGACUCACUCUUGAAUUUGGAGGGGGCCUGGAACUUCUAUGUGACUCCGUAAAGGUCCAUAAUGUCAAUGUUGAUCCAGAAGAUGGCGAGGAUAAGUUAACAAUGAAGAAAUUGCUUUCAUGGGUCCGAACAAAUCUGAUAAAAGAGAGGCCAGAGAUGUUUAUGAAAGGAGAUACUGUGCGACCCGGAGUUCUUGUGCUAGUGAACGACUGUGACUGGGAGCUAAGCGGACAGCUUGACACGAUACUAGAAGAGAAGGAUGUGGUCGUCUUUAUUUCCACCUUACAUGGCGGUUAAUGUCGUUUGGUUCACUCUGUUGUCAACAAGAUACAUAUUGCCAUAACAUUUUUAAUCACAAUGCGUCUUAGACAAAAUGUAUUAUUGAGUUGAAUUCUAUUCCAUUCCAUGACAUUAAAAGAGAACUACUAUGUUCUAGGACAUAUUGAGUUGUCGUCUUCAUAUUUUUUCUACUAAUUUUCUUUUAAUAUAUUUUUAAAUAUUUAUGGUC